AUGUACCAAGAGGCAGCAGACUCUGUCAUUCAGGGCCUCGUUGAGCCAUGCCCAGAUGGAGCCCAUCCCAGCUGUGUUUCUCCUGCCGCACUGACCACCGCCAGACAGAGCUCCUUGACCAGCAGCCUCUCUGACCAUCUGGUUGGCAAAGACCCACAGGCCAUGAGGACAGGUCAAAGGCAGAACAAAGGGAUGAGGACUCGUCUGGGAUGCCUAUCUCACAAAUCAGAUUCAUGUAGUGAUUUCACAGCUAUUCUUCCUGACAAGCCGAACCGAGCUCUCAAGAGGCUGUCCACAGAAGAAGCUACGAGGUGGGCAGAUUCAUUUGAUGUGCUCCUCUCCCAUAAGUAUGGAGUGGCAGCAUUCCGUGCUUUUCUGAAGACUGAGUUCAGUGAGGAAAACUUGGAAUUCUGGCUAGCCUGUGAGGAGUUCAAGAAGACUCGGUCGACCACCAAGCUGGUUUCCAAGGCCCAUAGAAUCUUUGAGGAGUUUGUAGAUGUGCAGGCCCCUCGAGAGGUGAACAUAGACUUCCAAACUAGAGAAGAAACGAGGAAGAACAUGCAAGAACCUUCCUUAACAUGCUUUGACCAAGCCCAGGGGAAAGUGCACAGCCUCAUGGAGAAAGACUCUUACCCCCGGUUCCUGAGGUCCAAAAUGUACUUAGACCUGCUGACUCAAAGUCAAAGGAGGCUCAGUUAG